AUGUUGAGGUGGUUACAAGGUGGUCUCUCCACCCUGACUGGUAUUGCGGAACCAGAAUAUGGUAAGGAUUAUAUCAGUUCUUGUACUCAAAGAGUUAGACAAAAGAAGGAACAGCCUUUCAAACCAAUAGAUAAAUCGGAUUUGAAUUGGUUACGUCCAAAUCAUACCAAUGUGGAGACUGUGACUUUUUACUUCAGUGAAUUGGAAUCAGGAAUCGUUGGUUUUGCUCAAAUCAUCCAUUCAAAUGUUAUUGGGUUACAUAUCACAGCUCAAUUCACCUUUAGAAUCUUUGAUUGUAAUAAUCCAGAUAAAUUGAACAUUUGGACCUCUACCAAGUUGGAAAAUUUUGUCAUUGAUGGAGCUAAUUUUUAUGCAGAUGAUCUUUCUUUGGAAUUGAAUGAAGAAUUAAACCAAUACCAUUUCAAAUCUUCAGUAAAUAAGAAUUCAGAAAUUAGUUUGUAUUGUACUAGAUUAGCCCCUGGCUGUAAAUUGGGAGAUGAUCCAAUGACAUAUUUUGGUGAUAACAUUGAAGAACCUUGGGGUACAAUGAGACACAUCUUUUGGCCAAGAAAUCAUAUCACAGGUAAAAUCAUAUUAAGAAAUUUGGAUGAUACGAAUAAGGCAAAGGGUAAUAAAUCGAAUAAUACAGAUAAUGAUGAUAAUUCGUCAAAUUUUUCUAAAUAUUCGUCUAAUUAUUCUUCUUUUUCCAAGAUAAAGACAAAUUCAACUUCAAAUUCUAAAAACCCGUCAAGAAAUGUUUCUGCAAAUGCAUCACGAGUACCAACAAACACUGCUGAUCAAGAUUUGGUAGCUGGUAAUGUAUCUCAAGAUCAAAGCCAAAUUGAUAUAGAUAUUAAUGGAACUCAAGAUGGAAUUGAACAACAAGGAGAUGAAGAUGAAGAUGAUGAAGAUGAAGAUGAUGAAGAUGAUGAUGAGUAUAUGAGUGAAAGUGAGGAUUACGAAUAUGAAUUGGUCUUUGAAUUCACAGAUGAAAAUCCUGCUAUGUCUUUAUUCAUUAUGGCUUGUCAAGGGAUGAAGCCUCACCAUGCUGCAAGAUCUUGGAAUUUCCUAAGUUUCCAUGCCAAAAAAAAUUCUUGUGUUUAUAUGGAAUUCACUACUCCAAGAUCUUAUGCAAAUACAGUAGUAUCAAUUGGGAUUAUUGCCAAUAAUGAUGAAAUUCUUUCCAUGACUAUAGAUAAUAAAUAUAAUCAUUUGAAUGCAAGUAUUGAUGAUAUUGGUUGGAGCGUACCAAAAAAUAUUCAAUUGGAAUUUAAUGGGUUCCCUUCAAAUAUGACAGAUUCCGAAGUAGCAGACGCCAUAACUAAAUUACAAAACGAUUAUAUCAAAUCUUCUACUCCUUCAUCUCCAACAAUAGAUACACCAACUAACUCUCAUACAACGGAAAUUAUUUCUCAUAGAAAAAGCAAAAAUAAUAAGCCAAAUGAUGAAAAUGAAAUUACCAUAACAAAUGUGCCAAAAAAAUCUACAAAUGAAAACUCUCCAAUCGAUUCCAUUUUAUCAAAUGAAAAUUCUCUGCAAAUCCAUAAAAAUUUAUCAAAUGAUAAAGAUAGCUAUGGCAUCAACAUUUCAAAAUUACCGUUUAAAGCUAAAGUUGAUGCUAAUCUUGUAACUAUGGUAGAAAGAGUAGAUGUCAUGAAUGAAAUCCCUCAAUUUGUUAAAAAUAUCGUGUCCGGCGUGGUGGGUACUAAACCUUAUAUUUAUCAAUUUUCAGAUAAUAAAAACUUCUAUUUACAAGUAGAAGGUCAAGAAAAAGAAGUUGGUUUCGGUUGGGCGGAAGUAACUUUUAUCUCAGAAAUUGAUGCUAUAUUAGAAAAUGCCACAGAUGAUAAAGAUGAAGUAAGGCAUUAA